CCUUUGUCUCCAUACAAGUUCUUUUGCUGGAUACGAGUGUUUCUCCUUAUAAAGAAAAGAAACCAAAUAGAGUUUAAUUUCCUUAUUCCUUUGCAAAAAUUGUGAAACUCAUACUUCGUUCUUAAACACCUCACAAGUUGAACCUUGAUUCGUAGUGCUUGCGAUCGCUCCUAGAAAACAUCUGCCAAGGCUAGCGUUUUUGGCUUGAUAUUGCAUUAAAUUUUUUAAAUUAGAUACUUUAAGUAGCAAUGUCUGUUAUAGACGACGAUAUAUUUCAUGAGACUGUUGCGAAGCUAGUACGUGAAUCUGAUAAAUUUCCGAAAACAUGUCCGACUCCGAUGCGCUAUAACAUUGGUGGAUAUCGUGCAAGCGCUGAGUUUCUCUCGAGUGCUGCAUUUCGAAUAGGAAUCAUUGCAACCCUUUUGUCUACAAAAUUACAUUCGCAACCGGUUGGAGUCAUGAUAACUGCUUCUCAUACCGUACCUGCGGAAAACGUAUUGAAAAUCGUAAACGUUUUAAGCAGUUAUGAUACGCAAAAAUGGGAAGGGUAUUUAGAUCAAGUCGUGAAUGCCGAUUCUGCUGAUGAACUUACCGUCUGCCUUUCCUCUGUUCUCAAAAAGUCUCAAAUACCCGCCCAGAUUAAUGCCCAGAUAUUUGUGGCUUACGAUACUAGACCAUUUUCGAGGCAUUUAGCCGAACCUGUCAUGGCUGCUGCUGAAAUAUUGCAAGCACGGUGCAUUGACUAUCAUGUUCUUAGUACUCCACAAUUGCACUACAUUGUAAAAUCUGCUCCUGUCUACAAUACCGCAGAUAGUAUUGGUGCACCUACUGAGGAAGGCUAUUUCCAUAGGCUUUCUGAAGCUUUUCAUUCAUUGAUGGCCUCCAAGCAAGUUCGCCCUUCGAUAGUCGUUGAUGCUGCGAAUGGAGUCGGUGCAAUAAAACUGAAAAAGCUAAUGAAAGAAAUUAAUCCAAACUUCUUACAUGUAGAAGUUGUAAACGAUCAUAUCAAUUGCCCUGAGGAGCUAAAUAACUCGUGUGGUAUCGAUUAUGUCCUUAAUCAACAAAGACCUCCCCUCAACGUUUCGAUGCAGAAAGACGUAAAAUAUGUUUCGUUUGACGCCGAUGCUGAUCGACUCUUGUAUUACUACAGCGACUCUCAUAGCUUUCAUAUCCUUGAUGGAGAUAAAAUUGCAUCACUAUUUGCUCUUUAUCUCUUGGAUUUGAUUCGAGCAGCCGGUUUGCAAUUGCAGCUUGGACUUGUACAAACGGCUUACGCAAAUGGAGCUAGUACGUCUUACAUUCAGAAAACGCUCAAGAUUCCCGUAACUUGUGUUUCUCCAGGACUAAAAAAUUUGCAGUGGGCCGCACAAGCUUAUGAUAUCGGUAUAUAUUUCGAAGCCAACGGCCAUGGAUCAAUCGUGUUUUCUCCUUCCGCUCUGUCUAUUAUAAAUACUCACGAAGUCUUAUCUCCCGCUCAAUUUAAUGCGAUUAAAGCCCUAAAAUCUGUAAUUCAGCUUGUGAACCCUGCUUGCGGUGACGCCUUGGCAAAUAUGCUAUUGGUUGAAGUUGUCCUGGCAUACAAAAAUUGCUUUUUAAGAGAAUGGAAUCAUAUUUUCGUUGAAAUACCCAGUCGCUUGAUUAAAUGCGAAGUUCCUGACCGUUCUAUCUACACAACAGCGGACGCAGAACGCAAGUUGAUAACGCCCGAAGGGCUGCAGCAAAAAAUCGACGCAUUGGUUGCUAAGUAUACAAACGGAAGGGCUUUUGUAAGACCUUCUGAUACAGAAGAUGCUACACGUGUGUAUGCUGAAGCUAGCACCAGAAGUGAAUCAGAGGAUUUGGCUCUCCGGAUUGUUGAACUUCUUCAAUAGCUUCAGGUAAAUUUAAAGGGAAGAAUGUCUUAUCAUUUAUGUUUUAUGAUUAAUGGAUAUGUGAAAAUGCAAAAAAAUUUCUUAAUUACUGAACACAGAAUCGAACGAGAUUGCGUUUUGUAAUGAUAUUUCUAAUAAAUUCUUAAUAUAUUAGUUAGGAUACGGCUAGUAUAAUGUUUCGAUGAGUACCGAAA